CACUUUGUAGGGGAGUCAACAGCGAUUAUUUGAACAGACCCGAUUCCACCAUAGGAAUGUGAGACUUCUGCCAAUGGCUCAGGGCUGUAAACUGGAGAUGACCUCCACCUUAUUGCUCAUUUUAGCAGGAAAUCACUGUGACGUAUAAAAACCGGGGGCAUGGCCUUUGCCCCAUUAAUUGUACUUGAAGCGCAGGGCAGAUCAGCCGGUGAUGGUUCGGUCCCUCCGCCGUGCUGUGGGGCUGGGCAGCGCCGAUCCCCGUGCUCUGUGUCGCGCCGCAGGAGUGGUGAGCAACACGGCGACCGCGGUGGUGCACAGCAUCGUGGCGGGCUUCCCCGUGCGCUUCUCCAUCCCGCAGAGCGACGGGUGGAAGUCGGGGCUUCGCCUGCCAGCUCGCCGUGGGCCAAGACUACAGCUACGACGCCAGGGUGCGCCCGUGAAGAGCAGCUACCCCAACGUAUGUCGCCAUUGGACGUGCAUUGAUCGUCUUGUCUUUGGCGAGGCGCAGAUCAAGCUUGUGGUGAAGUGGCAACUGAAAGACGACAACGGAAAAGAUUUGUUCUGCUUCAAGUUCCCCGUGAAAAUUGUCCGUUGUGACUUCUGA